CCCGGCUGGCGGCAGCCACAGCCGGAGCCACCGAACGAGCCGCCGCCGCCGCCUGCAGCUCCCGCAUCCUCCCGGGGCGAGGCAGCCUCUCCAGAGGCAGAGCCAGGCGGGCGUCGGAGCGAGAGCCGUCCGCCCUCUCCAUGCCAUUCCUGCCCGGUGACUUCCCCUAGCCGGGCUAGGGGGAAGAGGGGGAAGAGGCAGGCGGGCGGGCGGCGGACCGGCGCCGGGAGACUUCGCCAAUCGGUCAGCGCUAUGGAUCUAUUUGACUUUUUCCGGGAUUGGGACUUGGAGCAGCCGUGUCACUAUGAACAAGAUCGGAAUGCACUUAAAAGAAAAGAAUGGGAGCGGAGAAAUCAAGAAGUCCAGCAGGAUGAAGAUCUCUUUGCCUCUGGCUUUAAUCUUUUUGGGGAACCCUACAAGACCAACAAAGGUGAUGCUCUUGCCAACCGCGUUCAGAACACGCUGGGGAAUUAUGACGAGGUGAAGGAUUUUCUGACAAACCAUUCGAACCAGAGUCAUCUUGUUGGCAUCCCGCAGAACAUUGUGCCACAAACCCCAGUAGAUAAAAAUGAACAGAGCUUCUUCCCAGAACAAAGAAACCGGAUGAUCCCACCCCACCAGAUUAGUGGGCAUUCAUCAGCAUCAAUGCCUCCUCCGCCUUCCAUAUCGUCAAAUUCUGGUUUGCUCCAUGGUCACCAGAGCAGCAGGAAAUCCAGGACUGACUGGUCCCGUGGCAGUCACAACUCCAGCAGUGGCCAAGCAGGUAAAUCUGGUAGCCAGCAGAGUAGGACAAAACAUAACACCUCUCAUGAGCAGCUACAAGGCAGGUAUGAUGAUCUCUACACCUGCCCAAGUGAACAGCAUAAAACUGGAGGAGCCGAGGAAGCCAACACAACGCCGUCGUCGUCGCAUUCGAGAAGGCAUAAUCAUUCCAAAUCGACAGUGGUGGAACAUUCCUAUAAAGAAAGCAGCCAUUCAAAGUCUCCAGUAGACCUUGAUUUUCUGGUCCACAGUUCUGGGUCUCCGCUCCCUUCCACCUCUUUGUUGUCUGCCAGCAACAGUCUUUCAACUCAGAACUUUCCCCCAGGACUUCACUGUAAAAGUAGCAUGACCCAGCAAAAGCCUACGGCUUAUGUUAGGCCAAUGGAUGGCCAGGAUCAAGUUCCAAAUGACUCACCAGAACUGAAGCCACCAAUAGAAAUUGAAGGUGUGUAUGGAAACCAGGCCUUCGGAUCACUGCUGGAAGGAAAGGCUACUGGACCGGGCUCAAAGAACAAACUACCAAAGCUUACCAUCCCUCAAGCUAGUGAAGUUAACCUUCCCAAUGAUUCCAGCUGUGUGGAGGAAAUAUUACGGGAGAUGACCCAUUCCUGGCCUCCACCUCUCACUGCUAUCCACACACCUGGGAAGGCAGAACAGAAUAAGUUUUCCAUUCCAAACAAAGUGCAGGAUUCACAGCAUCUGACCUCAGGAUACAAUGUGCAAAAAUGGAGUGAACCAGCUGGCAAAGUUGCAACCAAAUCAGUGCCGCAGAAAUCAAUGCUUGAAGAUGAUCUGAAACUCAGCAGUGACGAAGAUGAUAAUGAACAGGCUGCGGAGAAGACGAAGCCUCGAAACAUUCCUGUAAAUGGCCUUCCAUUGACGACAACACAUAACACUGUCUUAGUGCAUUCCAGUGGAGGUUCUGGGAGCUCCAGUGAAUCUGAGAGCAGCUCCGAAUCUGAUUCAGACAGUGAAACCAGCUCCAGUGACAGUGAGUGCAAUGAAGAGUCACGCAGUGGAACUCCAGAGCCUGAACCCCCCUCAGCUAACAAAUGGCAGCUGGAUAAAUGGUUGAAUAAAGUCAAUCCCCACAACAAGACCAUCAUCAGCAACCAGCAUGAGAGCCACAGUGAGAACAACUCACAGUCUCAGAGCAACCCACCAAUCGAAGGACAGAACAAAGGGAAGCUGAGCAGCAGCCUAGCCCUGACCGAUUCCAAAGACAGGGCACUACGUAGUCCUAUCCGUGAAAAAGCCAAACCCCGGGUUGCCCAGAAAGCUCCAGCAGAAGCAAAAAGUUCAAAGCAGAAAUCGCCGGCUCACAAUGAACCCCCCUCCCAAAGGACUACCGGGAAAAAACAACCCAAAAAGGUAGAAAGGACUUCCAGCACUGAAGACUAUAACUGGCCUAAACCAAAUAAUACCAGCAGCACACCCAAAGAGAAGGAAAUGCAAGACUCCCAAGAACAGCCAAAACUUCGCACCAAGGUAACCACCGGGAAUACAGCUCCAAGGAAAGAACCAAGGACAAGCGUGGGGCCUGCUCCCGAAAAGAAGAAAUACAGAGGCCCCAGCAAAACAGUUCCCAAAUCACGAGAAUUUGUGGAAACAGAUUCGUCCACCUCUGAUUCAAACACUGACCAGGAAGAGGGCCUGCAGGCAAAGAACUUGCAGGGCUGCAGUGGCCCUGACAGUAGCAUUAAAGCCAAGGACUCCAGCAGUAACAUCCUCAGCGUAAGUAGCUUAACAAGCAACAGUAGCAAUACCUCCAUUGACCAGAAUGGCAAUGAUUUAGAGGAGCAGCUUUUCUCGCCUAUCCCAAUUGUGCAGAAUGAACCCCUUUUCCCGCUCAAAGAGUAUGAAGAGCUCAAAUACCUUUGGGUGAAAAUAGACCUGAGUUUACUCUCUCGGAUCCCUGGACAAGACACUUUUGAGAGCACAUCUGGGAAGCUGGAACCCCGCGAGGUUAAUACGAAGCACAGGCGACAAUCCCGAGAGUCCCCGACACCAGCUGCUGAAAAACCCUCCACUAAAUCAAAAAGGAAGCACAAGCAGUCUGAGAAUUUGGACGCAUUUGGAGAAAACAAGAAACAACGCCUGGAGGAAUCAUCUAUGUCUUGUCUGCUUCCGCCGUGCAUCUCUCCAAUACCCAAUCACAGAAUAACCAACACGAAAGACAGCAACAAUUCAGUUAAAAAGGUGACUAAGAAGAGAGAAGAGAAACUGCUCCCCCCACCGUUAUCUCCUUUGCUGGAUGAGACAGCACCCAGACGAAAUGACAGUGGCUCCUUCAGCCAAGAAAACAACCCGGCAAACCCCUUGCAGGCUAACAGCUGCUCAAAACACAGGAAAAAUGAAAAUAAGUCCUCUUCUAACCCAAAGGGAAUCUGUGAGGAAGAUUCUCACAGCAGGCCCACAAACACUCUGCUUGACUCCAGCCAUCUAGACAAUGAUAUCUGGUCUGUGCCACCUGCCUUCACCAAUGGGGAUCCCGAGCUAAGAAGACCUAAAAUUACAUUUGAUGACAUGCUCCACAAUGCAGAUUACUACAUGCAAGAGGCCAAGAAGCUAAAGCACAAAGCAGAUGCCCUGCUGGAAAAGUUUGGCAAAGCCGUGAAUUAUGCUGAUGCUGCCCUUUCCUUCAUUGAGUGCGGGAAUGCUAUGGAGCGCGAUCCAUUAGAGGCGAAAUCUCCAUAUACCAUGUACUCGGAGACUGUGGAACUCAUCAGGUAUGCAAUGAGGCUCAAAAACUUCACAGGCUCUUCUGCUACAGAAGGCGACAAGAAGCUAGCAGUUUUAUGCUACCGCUGCUUAUCUCUUCUCUACCUGAGGAUGUUUAAACUAAAGAAGGACCAUGCUAUGAAGUACUCCAGAUCUCUGAUAGAAUACUUUAAGAAUUCUUCCAAAGUUUCACAGGCCCCUUCACCUUGGGGAGGCAAUGGAAAGAGCACAGAAACACCAUCCCCUAUGUCCUUGAGCCCCUCACCCAUCAGCUGUCUUGGGACUGCCACAGCCACUGCAGGGUCCUCCUCUGCAGGGACCAUCACCAUUCCCCAGCGCAUCCACCACAUGGCUGCCAGCCACGUCAACAUCACCAACAAUGUGCUGCGGAGCUACGAGCACUGGGACAUGGCCGACAAGCUGACGAAAGAGAACAAAGAGUUCUUCAUCGACCUGGACUCCGUGAUGGGUCCCCUAACCCAGCACAGCAGUAUGACCAACUUGGUCCGUUACGUUCGGCAAGGACUCCAUUGGCUUCGCAUUGAAGCACAUUUGUUGUAGUGACUGCCAUCCCGUCCGUCACAGCUCCGUCCUGUUACCUCUGCCAGCGCACAGGUGAUCACUGGUGAAACAGCACUCUCUUCUGGAACUGUAUUCAUAGAACUUAAUUUUUAUUGCUUUUUUCCCCUCUCCUUAAAACAAAACAAAAAGAAAGAAAGAAAAUAUCCUCGUCUGUCAGAAGUGGAACUCACCAUAAUGGAUAAUAUGGCUCCAGAGUAGGGUACCUGUUUGUACCGUUGAAUCAGUUUUGGACUCUUUUCUUUGCCUUGCGUCUCCUGGAUCCUGCCAUUCUUGCCAUCCAUAAUGUGCUUUAUGGAACGGUAGAUUCCUUGCAGUAUUGCACUUUGUUGAAAAUAUGGAUUCUUGAGCAAAUGUCUUAAAUUUUAGAGGGCAAGUAUGAAAAGUCCCUUUGGAAAACAAAUAAUUAGAAGUUCAACCUGUCCAAUUGGGAAUCGCCUUUUGGACAGAAACCAUGUCAUUCACUGCCCCACAAUUUGACGCGGGUCGUUGCUAUGAUUUCAGAAACUCUGUCCCUGAAAACCAGAAUGCUGCACAUCUUGUGUGGUUAUUGCCCUGCGUGUUUAGCACGAGAGGCUUUGGGAAAUUUUCAUAUCAAUUCCUAAGUGAUAGAAUUUUGUGGUUCUGUUCUGUUGACUUGACUUACGGUUUUAGCACAACAGCACAAUGCUGUUUUUAAGCCAAUUGUAGCACCCUUUUAGUCCGUGCUAUCGUAUUUUGUACGCAAAAGGCACCUGGCUUGCCAUACUUUAGGGCUUAUCUGCAUAACUGUAAUGUGAGACAUUUGGAAGGAGCUGAUCCUGUGGCUUCCAGACUUCUAGUUUAUGGAGCUCUUGCCCUGCUAUCAAGGAUCUAUAUGGGCCUGUACUACUGGGUUCUACCACUGGAAAGUCCACCAUGGUGACCUCCAGGCUGACCUUUAGAUACAUCAUCACUUCAGGGCCCUGUUAGCCUUUGACGGCAUAGAGAUGUGGUCUGAAGGCGUGUGAUGUAGCAACUUUGCUGAAGCUAAGCAAGUUUGGGUCUGUCCAAGGUGAAGGUGGAAGACUACAUGGGACCUCUGGAUACACUGCUGUGAGCUUCCUACAGCAAAAGCAUACAUGUAAUAUUUAACAACAAUACACAUGUGCAUCAGGAUGGUUCAGUAGUGUUCAACCUGCCUCCACCUUCUCCCAUCAGCCUUACCCACUGGUAGGUAUGUGAACACCCUACUCCAUUCCCUGUACAACCUGCGUGACUGGCUUCCUGCACUCCCUACAGCUGUGAUUUUGGGGUAUGCAGUUGUUCUUGGGCAGUUCCUGGUUGAAUGCUACUCUGUAUGGGACACCUUUGCAAAGGAUUCCAUCAGGGUACUAAUGGGACAGUUCCUGCUUCCUGUACUCUCACCAGUAAGAGGGGUUUCCAUAGCAGCCCAUAAAACAUGGAGCUUCAUGAGAUCACAGUGUUCAUUCCCCAUGUGCUCACUUCUCCCGGCACUUUCUUGCACAAUCCAGGAAAAAAAAACCCUACUUGCAUAAAGUUGCACAGCACUUCUAAUUGACCACAGCUGAAAUUCAUAUCAGAGGUUUACAUGCAUGGCUUAGCUGGUGCUUCAGUUCUCCAGCACUCAGUCCUAUCAUCUGUUUUCAGCAUCAGAGCACAGGACUGAAGCACAGGAAGCAAUACCAGGGCAAGUUAUCCCUGUGCAAAGUGCAUUUCCUUUAGCACAGAGAGUCCCCAUUCCUGAAGAAUUAGGGAAUGGCUUCUGAAUGAGGGAACUGCAUGUUCACACAGAAUUCUACCCUGUCAUCAAUAGUUUGAAUCCACAAAGUUUCAAACAUGAAUACAAGGUAUAGUCCUUUUGUGCAAAGGGAGACAUCUCUAAAGUCCACUGGCCCCUUUCACUACAGCUCACUGUGUAGUAAUGAAUGCAGACAGAAGGCUUACUGCUGCCCCCAUAAAGGGGAGGGGGUCAGGAAAGCCCCAAAAUACUGGGGACAUUCUCUGGCCUAGAAGUCUUUUUUCCCUAGAAAUUAGAUCCCAGUCAUAAUUUUCCUGAUUUUGGACCAAGAUAUCCCAAACCAAAGGAGAAUACAUCAUCAGCCCUCUCUCUUGGUUUUGUUUUUACUACAGAUAGCACAGGGCUUAAAACCAAAUUGUCCUGCUUAAUAAAACUUUAUAUCUGAGGUGUAAAACAUGUGGCCUAAUUGGGAGUGAGGGAAGGUUUCCUUAGCUGGCUUGCGGGUCUGAUAAGCCCUUUCAAAGCAGCCUCCCCACCCCACUGUGGGCUUGCCAGUCCAGACACACACACACACACACACACACACACACAAAUGAGUUUGGCACCCCUGCUUUAUACCAUUCUGCUGCAGUGUUUUUACAACUUAGCAAUUUUAACUGUAAAUUUCACUUGGGAAAAAAGUUGAUUCCAUGACAAUGUAAAUACCAUUUUGUGUUGCAUCUCUCUGGAAUAAUGUUCCAUAUGUAAUACGUAACGAUUAAGAGGAGAGUAAAUUGUAGCUACAUUCUCUUAUAUCAUCCUGUAUCCUCCACCACUUGGUAACUAGCAUUUCAAAAGCUCACAUUGCUAGAAUUUGAACCCAAGUCUGGCACAAGAGCAUUUUUAAUAUUUGAUCCCUGUUCCAGUUUUUACAAUUUUCUCCUUCAUACUUUAAAAAACAGCCCAAAUUCCAGAACAUUUCAUGGUACAAGAAAAUUGUAGAAAUGCCACCCAACUGGAGGAAUGCACUCUGCAGCAAUUAUUACACUGGGUCAGUCUGCUGCCAGAGCAAGGGAAGAGUAUUUUGUAUGCAGAAACUAGUUUUCAGAAAUAGCUUUCAUAAAAGUGCAUUGUAUGCAAACCAGUCUGGACAGUUGCUUGUCUGCUCUUGGCCUUGAUUCAGAUUUGCUGCGGUGUUUUUGCCUGUUUCCCCACCCCUCUCUGUGCCCCACCCCCUUCUAUUGAAAAAGGAACUCUGUGAGGAAUGUCCUGCUGCUACUACUGCUGGUUAUCUGGAGAACUGCUUCAACUGUGGAUCUUUUGAUCAGAGCCACAUAAUCCGGCACGUAGUAGCCACCUUGACCUUCUUUGUUCUUUAAAGAGUUCAUAAAUCUGACUUUGAAUCACAGAUUCAGUUUAUUGCAAGAAGAAUGUGUAGGUAUGAAGGACGUGAUUUUUUUUCUGAACAUGCAGACCUUUUUUUUUCAGUAUUACGACUUAAAUACAGAUGGUUGCAGUAACCAAAGUUUUCCAUCCUCUUUUCAGCCUUUCCGGUUAAUGUACACUUGCCUGUUGGAUCCCAUUAAGCACAUGGCUCCUCCUUGUUAGUGUAAUGCAAAUGGAAAUCUUAAACCACUGUGUACUUGACAAAGGAUAUUUGCAACUUGAAACACUAUCUGAAGAGAUUACAUUUUUAAUCUGUAACCACUCAGCAGGAUUGGAGGGGGUGGAUAUUCUUCCUUGCAGUGUGCUGUAAAUGGAUGCCUUUUUUCCCAAUUUAGCUUGCUUCGCAUAUCUGUUACCCAGGCAGAUUAGGGGAGCCUGUCUUGUGGUUUGUUUGUUUUUGACAGCUCAUGACCUUGGUCUGCUUCACACCAUACCCAUCCAUCACUUGAUUGUUCACCUGAUGCCACGCAGCUGAACAUUAGGGAUGGGGCAAAUUCAGUGGUAAAGCACAAUGGUAGAGUACCUGCUUUACAUGUAGAACUUCCCAGGUUUGAUUUCUGGCAUCUCCAGUUCUCCAGUAGCAGGAACUGAGAAAGACCUUUCUCUGCCUGAGACCUGGAGACCUGCUGCCAAUCGGAGCAGACGGUGCUAAGGUAGAUAGACCUGUGGUCUGACUCAGCAUAAGGUAGCCCCUUAUGUUGCAUUGGGAGAGGGACUUUGACUGGUGCUCUGGCUUAUAUGUGCGUUGCAGAAGAUUCCAGUGGUAAUGCACAGUAUCUCCUCAGGUAGAUGUGCUAAGGAAGGAUUUUCUGUGUCUGAGGCUCUUGGGAGCCACUGUCACCAAAAGGAGUGAUUGUUCAGCUAGGUGGACCAGUGUAUUUACUUGUCUUUCUUUCACUCCCUUUAUACCAUGCUUUCCUCCUCACUGAGGAGCCAAAGUGGCUUUCAUUGUUGUCCUCUCCAUUUUAUUUUCAAAGUAACCCUGUGAGAUAGAUUAGUCAGAGAGUCUGUGACUGGCCCAAGGUGAGGUCCCAUGGGGAUUUGAACCUGAGUCUCCCACGUCCUAGUCCCACACUAACCACUAUACCCCACUGGGUUGACUUGGUACGAAACACAUUCAUGAGUUUACCCAGCAGUUUUGCCAAUUCUUUCUUCCCAAAGGAACAGAACAUUUUUCCCUUGAGAGGAGGAAGGGGGAAUUACUACAGUACUACAGCAUGCUCAGUGUCAGGACUUCCAGUAAAGGAUGACACCCAUAAAAAGGCCUGUCCUGUUUCAAUGAGUGCUAUCCCCAGCCAGUUACACCGACUGCUUUUUGUAGGGUUUCUCCCACCUUGGGAAGGAGGGUGGAACUGGCAUAGAAGGAAGGAUGCUUCCCUCAUUUAUUUUUCACAAAAUGCCAUUGAAAAAACCCUCAAAAGAGCCUAUCAUUUUUUUCCUGACGAUGCUCUAGGAUAACUCAGAAAAACUGAGCAGGUUCCAUUGUGAGAUGAGACGGAGCUUGUCUAUCACUUCCAAACAUGUGAGCCGACUGCAUGGAAAGACACAGGGCCAAGGGCAAUACAAAAGUUAAAUCUGUGACUUACAUUUGCAGGGACUAUUCAUAAAACCCAGCCACUGCUUGAUGUUGCUCUUGUCAUGUGCUAUAAAUAUGCAACUGUCAAUCAAGCCCUCAGCUGGAACCCUUAAUGUGGUACGAAAGAGAUUUUUGGAUUCUUUUUAGAAUCUAGAAAACCUCUACUGGAGUCUGCCCCCAAGUUCUCAGACUCUGCCAUCAAAAUCCAGCCAAUCCCAGUGAAAUCCACAGUUCAGAGAAAGACUGCGGUAAUCAUCAGUCCUCCACUGAACAACAUCAGUGUUCCAAAAAUCAGUAAGUUUCCAUUUCCCUAGUAAUCCUCGUAUGCAAAACUCUUUUAAAGGAUAAGAAAUCAGGAGUUGAAGGAAAAUCUGGCUUCUAACUUUUUUGUUCUUCUCUUCCCUUUCUUUAAACCGUCUCUUCAAAUUGAACUGGGGAUUUGUGUGUUGGUGUGCCUGUGACUCAUUCAGACAACAUGCUUAUCAGACAGUUCUCUUUCUUUGGGUCGUAAAUCCCAGGUGUCUUCAGAAGAGUCAAGAAAGGCCGUAGGAGUAAAUUAGAAUCAGAAGCAGAGAUGAGAAAUGGAACUGGGUGAGACUCCAUGACCCUUCACACCCCUGCUUCUGCUUUUUGGAAGGGAAUAUUGUUAUUGUGGGUUUCUGGUGCAGCUGCUACCUGGUACUGGAGAAGGAAUGGCAGUCAAGGCAACGCAUCCUUGUGCAUUAUUAUGAGAUGUUCUUAUAGUGUAGCACGCUAAUUUUGUAACUACAAAGAUGCUUUCUUCUGGCAAACCCAUUCUGUUCUGUAGAACUCUAGGUCUGGAGCCUGACAGGGACAGUUUUGCACUGAGGCAGAGAACUGAAUCUUCCUCAGGGCUAAUCUCUGAAGAAGUAGUUCUGCUGAGCCUAAUAUGACAUUGUCACCGGGUGCUGGUUCUGUAAGCAAAUGCCCCAGGAUUCAAUUAGUUGUUCAUCUUCUCAAGCUGUGAUUCCCAAGUGAACUGUUGUAGCCAAACUUUUUGCUGGUUGGGGUUUCAUCUAUGGCUGAUACAAACCAUGGUUUGGCAUGGUGUCUGAAUUAAGCCCUUGUCUCCUGGCCGGGGAAGAAAACCUAGUUUUGCUCUGUUUCUGCAAGACAAGAUGCACCACAUGUAAAAGAGUCGAGAAUACUGCUGGAAAAAAAGGAGGUUGCAAUCCAAACUGGCUCUAGGGAAGUUCCCAUUCACUUUCCUGCAAACCUCACUGGGAAUAUUGACCAAGGUUACUGCUUUGAAUUACUGCCCCGUUAAACUAAGUGGAUUUCACCCCUAUGCCUUUUUUCCUUGGCUCAAUGCCACUUUCUGUCAAUUGUGAAAGAGUAAAUCAGUCACAGUAUAUAGUCCUCUCUCUGAAGCUUUGCCAAUAUAUGCCUCCAGAGAAAAAACAGCCCAGAACAGCACAGUCCCCCUUUUUUCUGCCAGCUUUAUCUUGUUGAAGGCAAAUGUCCAAAACUUUAUUACUGUGCAAAUGAAAUUGGAAAUAUCACAGAAGGAAAUAAUUCCGCAUUUCCAAAGGAAGUACUUCAAAGUUCUUUGUACAGAUGAGUUAGAGGCCAGCAACCUGUCGUAGGAGAGUUACAAUCUGGUGUGGUACAAGUCAGUUUCACGAGGGCAAGUGUAUUGGUUUGCAGUAGAAGAGUGCAAUUCAAGUCCAGUAGCACCUGAAAACCCAACAAGAUUUCCAGUUUAUAAGCUUUUGGGUUUAAAACUCCCUUUAUCAGAUGCCAACAAAUACAACAGCCUCUUAAUUUAAUCCAUGGUGAGAGAACCAGAGAGACACAACAUAGAUUUGAUUCAGACAUAACAUGAAACCAUGGCUAGUGUUUCAUGAAUGAAACCUCAGACUCUCCCUCAUGCCCCUGUCUGACUUGCCUUCUCCCAAGUUUGUUGUUAUAUCCAGACUGGAAAAUUAUGGCUUGUGUUUGGCCCUGAACCAAACCAUCUAUACCAAUUGCCAUAUGAACCCCACAUAACAUUUUCAGGGGACAAGGGGUUUUUUUGUUGCUGUACAUGCUGGCAAGUUUUGGAAUUUAAAGCAAAUUGUUCACUGGAACUAUUUAUCUGUUGAUGAAGUAGACUGUGUAAUUCAAAAGCUUGCAUAUUGCUACAUUUUGAACCCAUUCUAAGGAUUGUCUCUGGUGGCAUAUUCAGACAUACUUCUUUAUCAUUCAGUGUUUAUCAUUGGGUGACUUAUUAGCAAUGACUGGGUGAAAUGCUUCUGUCAAAAAAAAUGGAUUCUAUGACACCAUUCUGCUCAGUGAGAAAUCUUUCUCUGGAAGAACAAGUUCUUUUCUCCGGAAGAAAAGGGAGUAGCAGGACUUCAACCCAUUGUGUUUUUGACAUGAUAUAAAUGUUUUGUCUGGAGGGUUUCUUACCCGGAGGUCAACACUUGAUGUUGCAGUCAACAAAGCAAUGAACAUUUUUGUGUACUUCAGACUAAUUGAUUGAUAAUGUCAAAUUUAAGCCUUCUCUACCCAGCAAAACAUAAAAAAUCAUUCCUAGUACAUCUACUUUGAAGUAAAUCAAAUUGAUCUGAAAGGGACUCACUUCUGACAGUGCACUUAGAGACUGGAAGCUUUCUAUCACUAAAGUUCAUGCUGGAGCUACUGAAUGAUGCUGCUGGGUGACCUUCUAUUCAUUUCUCUGGGGUUUGCUCAGAAUAAUCCAAAUACAAGCAUCUCUUUGGUUUGGUUUGUAAGCCUCACAAGUCGACUUCCUCCAGGGUCCAUAGUGCAUGAAUAGGCCAGUUAGUCUAGGCAAAUCAGAUGACUAGGGUGUAACAGCAUGCAGCUACAACAUACGAUAACUUGGGCUUAGCUUUCUGUCUUCAGGACAAAACAGAUUAGAAAGGGAAGAAUUCAGUGGUCCUAAUUACAAAUCUAAGGAAUUACAAAUGGAAUCACACAAGAGGACUAUACCACAUGUCUUUGACUUAGCUCAUGUUGAUGUCGACUGAAGGUCAUUUUAUAUGGUCCUGUGUGGGGAGGGAAGGUUACUUCACCUGGCUGAUUUUCAUUAGGGAGGAUCAGCUCAGUGUGAACCACUUGGUAGCAUGAAUGGCACCAUAUUUUAAAUUGGGCUGGGGAAUGAAACACAAAUGAAGGCGGCCUGCAGGGACAUUUGCUGUUUUGAACAGCCCUGUUUUUCCUCUGGGUGGUUUCCUCUGGGUGGCGAGCAUUUUGCACCUGUUUCCCAUGACUGCCAAAAACUAGGGUCAGAUUUUGGAUGAAGGAUUGUUUUGCUUUUAUAUGCAUAUAGAUGUGGAAGUAAAUUCAACACCAUCUGGACUGAUUGUGUAGUCUGUGUUCUGGUGACUGGAAAGAAAAGCAACACCACCAUGGCUUUUGUCGUCCUCCUGCCAACCCAAGUCAGAUUUGUUUUCCACAUUGGAUUAUCUAACCGCUGAAAUUAGAUGAUAAUUGGCCAGAUGGGGAGGGAAAUCCCAGCCCCUUUUAGCUUGCAAUCCAACCAGAUAGCCCUUUUUGUGUGUGAAAACCAUCAGCUCUAUAAUCUUUGCAAUUCCACAAGGUGUCUUUUGUUUGGAACAAAGCAUGUUACCCUUGUAAAAGUUUUAAGUAUAAGUUAAGAUGUUUUUGUACAGAUCAAGGUACAGUAACUGUUAAAAUGUCAAGCAAUUACUGAAAUGUUGUAUAGUUCUAACAGUUUGGUUUCUUUCUUUUUUUUCCUAUGUAAAAAAAUUGUAUGUAUCCUGCCUGUUUUCUUUGUAUUUUCAAUGUGUUGCACAAUUAUGCAUUUUUGUUUACAUUUUCUUUUUUAAAAAAAAGUAAUACUCUGUACAAACAUUUUCAGUGUUGUUUGUUGUUUUUAAACACAAUUGUCUCUGUAUAAAAUAAUAUUGGUUGAACUGGUACAUUUGUGUCUCUCAUAGAGGGAUUAAUUAUACUGCCAGCGCAUUGAAUUAUUUAAAAAAAAGGAAAAUAAAAUUUUUAUGAAAAUGUA